ACCACAUCCUUAGUCUCUCGUUGGACCGUGAACUACGUUCGGGCAACAUUAUUUAGUUAUGACGUUCAGCAUUUUUCCCGCGAGCACAUUUGGGAGGUUGACUCCCAAAACGGAUAGAAAUCCCGGCUUCCGAUCUGCCAUUCCGAAUCGAAAAUCUUGGCCGCAAAAUACAGAAACAGCUCUGUUGAUGUUGACGAAUUGAACAACCCUUCGAUACUUCCUCGCAACAUAACACUCCUUCACAAUGGCCAAAAAAGCCUUAGCCAAGGACCAAAUCGUCAAGCUCAUUGUGGGAGCCGGGCAGGCCAGCCCUAGUCCCCCCGUCGGUCCAGCUCUGGGUAGUAAAGGUGUCAAAAGCAUGGACUUCUGCAAGGAAUUCAAUGCCAGAACAGCUCACAUUAACCCCGGUGUUCCGAUUCCCGCUCGCGUAACAGUGCGCCCUGAUCGCUCCUUUCACUUCGAUAUCCGCACUCCCACGACAACAUGGCUGCUAUUGCAGGCGGCAAGAAUAGAGCCACGCAAGAACAGAAUCCGUGGUGCCCAGAAUCCCGGGCACGAGACAAUCGGCAAGAUCUCCCUGAAGCACGUGUAUGAGAUCGCGAGGAUCAAGCACUCCGAGACGAGAUUAUCGGGAUUGAGCUUGGAAGGACUUUGCAAGAGUGUAAUGGCACAGGCCAAGUCCGUUGGAAUUCAGAUCGUCCCAUAAGAGGUCAAAUGGCGGAGUUAGACUACUUGAGUGAUGUGGUGUCAUUUGCAUUGUGCAAUAAGCAACUCUUUUAAAUAUUAUGAUACCGGCGUUCUCGGAGAUGGGUCUGUUAUACUAUGUACUAUAGCCUUUGCAUGCGAUAUAGAAAGCGCAACUAAUCGCCACCUUCACAUACUGUUCUCUUCACUCCCCUGCCCAAGUGUAGAGCGAGACUUGCCAAAUUCAAAGCUAGGG